CUGCCAGAAGCUCCUCUCAGGCCGUGUAGGGGAGCAUUCACACCCCGCUGUUGGCGUUUAGCGGAUGGGGCUCUCAGCCUAAGCCGGAGGGAGGAGGAGGAGGAGGAGGAGAAGGAUGAACGGUAACCCGUGUGCCCGCAGGCUGGCCCGGCGAUCCAAGUCCGCCCUGCUGGUCGCGGCUCUGGCCGUCCUGCUGGUCCAGACUCUCAUCGUGUGGAACUUCAGCAGCUUGGACUCUUCCGGAGGGGACGGAGGCGCCAGGAGCCGGGAGAAGAGAGAGGACCGCGCCGAGGGGUUCAACAAAGCCGACUGGGAGAACCCGCGGAGGGGGCUGCAGAAGAGGGGCAACCCGCCGCCGCUGCUCGGAAAGGCGGCCGUCCGGCACAAGCUGCAGGCGGACGUCUACCAUUCCCACCGGCCCAAAGAGAAACUCCGCCUCGACAGCAACAACAACGAGAACUCCGUCCCUAAAGACUUUGACACCAUCGACAGCAACAGCAACCUCGGAGCUCGAUCUCAACGCCAACGGGUGCCGGUCCCAAACGCCAAACGAAAACUGGAGAAGGCCCAAGAACGGGGCAUGCUGGGAAAACCCGCCAACGACGUCCUCAAGUACCCCGCCGUCCAGCCCAGGGGAGCCGGCCACAAUCACAACCGCACCACUCUCGUCCGGAGGCCCCACCCCCAGGUCCCCACCAGCUCCGCACCAAUCCAAGGGUCCAAUCGGGAUCCGUCGUUCCUCCAGGUGAAGAAGUCCGCCUCGCUGGAGCCGAGGAAGGAGCAGCCGCAGUGUGAGAUCAGCGGGAAGGAGGCCAUCUCGGCGCUGUCCAGGGCGAAGAGCCGCGAGUGUCGGCAGCGGAUUGUGGAGGUGUACUGCAAACACAAGGAGAGGGCGCUGAUGCCUGAGAAGGUGCCUCGCUUCUGCCCCAUCGAAGGUAAAGCUAACGUGAACAUCCAGUGGGACGAGGACCCCUCGGCUGCUGCCCGGCUCGUUCCCGCGCGGAUCGCCUUCGUCCUGGUCGUCCACGGCCGAGCCUCGCGUCAGUUUCAGCGUCUCUUCAAAGCCAUCUACCACACCUCGCACUACUACUACAUCCACGUUGACCAGAGGUCCAACUACCUCCACAGAGAGAUCCUGUCUCUGGCGGCCCGGUACCCCAACGUCAGGGUGACUCCCUGGCGGAUGUCCACCAUCUGGGGCGGGGCCAGCCUGCUGACUAUGUACCUACGCAGCAUGGAGGACCUUCUCAAGAUGGCCGACUGGUCCUGGGACUUCUUCAUCAACCUCAGCGCUGCAGACUAUCCCAUCAGGACCAAUGAGCAGCUGGUGGCUUUCCUGUCUAAGUAUCGCAACAUGAACUUCAUCAAGUCUCACGGCAGAGACAACGCACGCUUCAUCCGUAAGCAGGGUCUGGACCGUCUCUUCCUGGAGUGCGACACCCACAUGUGGCGUCUCGGGGACCGCAAGAUCCCUGAGGGCAUCGCGGUGGACGGAGGCUCUGAUUGGUUCCUGGUAAACCGGCCUUUUGUGGACUAUGUGGUGAACUCCAGAGACGAGCUGGUCAGCAGCAUGAAGCGCUUCUACGCCCACACACUGCUGCCAGCUGAGUCGUUUUUCCACACCGUGCUGGAGAACAGCGCCCACUGUGAGACCAUGGUGGACAACAACCUGCGGCUCACCAACUGGAACCGCAAGCUGGGCUGCAAGUGUCAGUACAAGCACAUCGUGGACUGGUGUGGCUGCUCCCCCAACGACUUCAAACCCUCCGAUCUGCCACGCUUCCAGCAAGCAUCCAGACCCACCUUCUUUGCCAGGAAGUUCGAGGCCAGCGUCAGCCAGGAGAUCAUCAACCAGCUGGACUCGUACCUGUUCGGGACGUACCCGGCGGGCACCCCGAGCCUCCAGGCGUACUGGGAGAACGUCUACGAGCAGGAGACGGACGGCCCCGCCGGCCUAUCGGACGCCACGCUCAGUCACUACCACGCCUUCGCUCGGAUGGGGCUUUCCCGCGCUGCCAGCUCUCUGCAGGGACAUCCCAACGACAACAGCUGCAGGUACGUUGCAAUGAGCCACCCGGUGUCGGUCCACCUCUACUUCCUGUCAGACCAGUUCCAGGGCUACCUGGUGCGUCAUGUGGCCACUAACCGAGCCUCCACCCAGCUGGAGACCCUGGAGACCUGGGUGACACCCAGAGACCACUUCGCCCCGGCUAGCCCCGUCGUCGCCAACAACAGGCUGCAGCACGUCCAGGUCGGGACGGACUGGGAUCCUAAGGAGCGCCUCUUCAGGAACUGGGGGUGCCUCGUGGGGCCCGAGGACGAGCCGGUGGCCGUGCAGCGCUGGAGCCGCAGUCAGACCAACCUGACGGCGACCGUGGUGUGGAUAGACCCCACCAACGUCAUCGCCGCCACCUACGACAUCCUGGUGGACGCCUCCGCAGAGGUCACCCACUACCGGCCGCCGCUCACCCUCCCGCUGAGGCCCGGCGUGUGGACGCUGAGGGUGCUGCACCACUGGAACCCGCUCGGCCAGACCAGCUUCAUCGUGACGCCGCUGGAGUUCCGCCGACAGCAGCCGAUACUGCAAGAGGACGCUCUGCGGUUGCACGGCGGCCCCGCCAGAAACUCCUACAUGGAGCAGAGUUUCCACGGCCUGAACCCGGUGCUGCGGCUGCCGGUGAGCCUGGGCGCCGUGGAGGAGGCCGAGGCCAACGCCGGCCUCACGGGGGCGCCGCUGCGUCGCUGGCUGGAUCGGCUGCUCGAGGGCCACUGGUCGGCCUCGGACGUCUGCUCGACGGGACCCAGCGCCUGUCCCGUCAUGCAGCGCUGCCCUCAAACCGUCUGGAGCUCGGCCAGCCCCGACCCCAAGUCUGAACUGAGCACACCCAGAGAGGACGGGCGGAUCAGGUAGCAGACGGACGGACUGAGGGAGGGAUAAAUGAAGGAAAGGCACGGGGGGCCGAUGUCCCGAUUGUGUCUGAUAUUUAUUUAUUUAAAGUUUGUGCAGAGCGAGAGUGAGUGUGAUGAGAAGAAGAGAAACAGACUCAAAUACUGAGGACGGACUUCCUCCUUCAGUCCUCUCUCUGUGUGCUGCCCUGCUCUCACUGAUGGGACUCCGAAGUGUGUGUGAGGUAUGUGUGUGUGUGUGUGUGUGUGUGUGUGUGUGUUGAAGCAGUAUGUGAGAAGAACUCUAAGGUAUGAAAACAUGUUUGACGUCUGUUGCUGAAAACGACACGGUUGCUCAUCGUUAGGCCCAUUAUUGGAAAGAUGUUUGUAUUAGAGACCUUUUUGUUUUUAUUUAAAUUGUUUUUAUAUUGACUUUAUUUAUUUCAUUCCAGCCCGUUAUCCCUCAUAUCUCCAAAUAAAUUCAAACCUCCUGGUGUAUCAGAAAAACUUAAAUCUCAGUCCCAUCAGAGAAAAUUGACAGCAGAUGAAACUUUUCAGUUCCAACAACUGAAGUCCAAAAUUUUUGUUUCCAGAUAACGGCAAACAUGGGAAGUUUUUAAUCUAUUUUUAAAACUCGUCAAGUAAUACUCUGGCUUAUUUUCAACCCGUCUUCUAAACCAUGAAGGAUUUCAUUGAAAUAAGUCCUCAAAGGUCAAAGGUUAAAUGCAUCUUUAUCGUCCAAAGAGAAGAAACUCUUUAAGUUUCUGGUUCCCAUGAGAUAUCAAAUCAUUCCCCUUUUAUUUGAAGAUGAUAAAUUAGAUAAUUUAAGUCCUCCCCCACCACACAGUGCAAUGUUUUGAUUGUCUAAUCUUUCAGAUGAGAUAUGAAGAUGAUGAGCCUUAAAAAAAAAGUUAGGAGCAAACACGACUGAGAGAGAAGUAUAAAAUCAAAUAUUUGUCUUUGAGGUUUGAAGUAGAACUUUCUAGUAUUACUUUGCUAAAGGUACUCGGUUACUUUCCACCACUCACAAACUACCUGCAAUUUUAAGAACCUGUUGCAGAAGCUGACUGACUUUCAUUGACUGUAUAUAAAGAUGGAUGACGCAUCUUCAUGCCUCCUGUUGUACAAAAGUGAAGCCAAAAUACUGGUGCUGACAUAUUGGGCUGGUUGCCUCAUUGUUCUGUAGAUUAUUCCUUUUCAAAGCAUGAAAUAACUAAUUUAAACUAAAGACAGGAACCAUGUUUGUCCCAUCUGUUUACAUGAAGGAGGCGGAGCUUAUGACCUAUUCUGCAGCCUGUCAGCAGGGAGCACUCCGAAUGUUUAGGCUUCACUUUCUUUCUGGGAACUGCCAUGACGUCCAUCUUUUUAUACACAGUUGAAGCUCUGUACAUGAAUCUGUGUGUGAGUGUGUGUGUCAGUAUUUUCUUCCUGUGCCAUGUCUGAAGCCUUCAGAGCGUCUGAGACGUCCGCUAUCCUGGAGCCCAGAAGAGAAUCCCUCCUCAUCUCGUUUUUGUUUUUACUGUAACACACAUUUAGUUUUCUCUCUGCUGUAAGACUGAUGAGACUGUGUCGGAGCGUUUAACUGAUGACUGAGUAAUUUAUUCAGAAGUUUAUAUAAAAACAUUUCUUAGUCGUUGACCGAUAUUUGGUGUAGAGGAGGAGAGUUUGUUUCUGCCUUUGUUUCUAAAGGCUUUCAAGUGUUUGUCACGACUGAUACACAAAAUGUUUGUAUUAGUCAGCUCCGGGUGAAUCACCUUCAAUUCUCUUUCAUAAAUUCUCUGAACUUUAAAGCUUAUAAUUAGAAUUUAAACACAGCAAACAUGAAGGUAUUUAAAGUCAGUUUGCAGCCUCAUUGAAGCUAUAAUACCCUGCAGCCUUUCUCUCGCUCUUCUGUCUCUCUAUCUGUCUCUCUCUCUCUCUCUCUCUCUCACUGUCUCUCUCUCUCUCUCUGGUAAAUAUCUAGCCUGGCUCUCUAUAAAGACAACAAACAAUCCUCAGUUAUUCAAACAUGACAGCUUCACUGCAGUAAGUCAUUGCACCUGGAUAAACAGAAACAUCCUUGAUAGUUAAAUUAACCGUAACUUAGAAAGGCUGCACCCUGCAGAGAUGUUACAUAUAUUCACAAAAAAUCAACACAGCAUGAUACGUAAUCUGUAAAUUUUAACUUAUAAUCAGAACGAGUGCAAUGUCAUCUCAGAUUUAAAAUCUGUGGUGGAAUCCAUCUUUGAUUUUCACUAUAAAUAAUAAUAAUUUAUCUCUUUUUGUUAGAGUGUGAAGCAGCUGUUUUUAAGCUUUAUUGGGACCAAAACUGGAGACGAGCUGGUGGUUUGAAAUCAUGAGUGAAAAUAGUAAAUGGACUUGAGCUUGUAGAGCGCUUUCUCUAGUCUUCUGACCACUCAAAGUGCUUUAACACCGCAGGUCACGCCGACACGUUCACACCCUGAUGGUAGAGGCUGCUGUGGAAAGAGACCAUGAGUAAUAAUUUAUCCCAAUCAUUCACAUUCACACACCGCUGAUGUAGCAGCAGGAUCAAUUUGGGGUUAAGUGUCCUGUCCUUCCGGUUAAGAGACGACCGACUCUACCGCUGAGCCACAGCCGCCACAGAGGGAUGGUCAGGACUCUUUCUGCCUGACGCUGGUUUUAAAAUGAAAAUGAGCUUUUUUACAAGAGUUGAUGUAAAUCUGUGUUUUUGUAACAAAGUUGAUGAUGUGAAACAAUCCUGUUUUUUAAGAGAUGAGUGGCGUGUCCAGUCGUCUGAUUUUGGAGGAAAGCCCAGCUGAGAGGUGCGUUUGUUUCAUCUCCAACACCAAACUGUUUUUUUUUUUGUUUCUCUCUCGCCAUUGUUGUCUUGUCUUGAUGUCUUUUAUUUUUUUCUGAAUCUCUUUCUGGGAGUUGUGCUGUGCCUUAGCUGUGCUCCUGUUUUUAGGAAAACCCCCUCUCUGAAAGCAUCGUCUCAAACGCCCCAAAAACCAAAAGAAAGAAUUGUUGUGAAUGCCUUAUCGAUGACCAUAGUGGUUUUGAAGUACAUUUUUUGGACAAUAAAACAGAAUCUCCCUUUAAGUUAU